CUGGCAGGUGGAAACAACGCUGCAGUAAAAAAAUAUCUUCCGUGCCCGUGACAGUUGUUAAUUGUUAUAGUAGUGUUGUUUACGUAUUAGCAUUUGGAUUCUUGGAAAUGGAAAACGUCUGUGGAUUUACUGAUACAUUUGUCAACGAACAAGUGCUUGAAAUUAUAAAACUUCACUUUAAAGAUGAUAAAACAAAAGUUAGGGAAGAAACUGCAUGUAUGGUUUCUGAAAUAAUACACAAGUUCGUAAUUGAGGGUCUCCUAAGGGCAAAAUACGUUGCCUGGCUUGAUGGAGAAAGUGAAAUAACGUACGAUCAUAUGAAAGCAAUUCUCCCUACACUGAAUAACAUUGGAUACGGGUCGCGUUUCGUGUCUCAUGACAUGUACAAAUAUAAUGAAACGUUGAAAGGCCCAGCUACGGAAAUUGAAUCUGUUCAAAACAGCAAACAUUGAAUGAGUAAAAUAAUUAAUACGAAUAUGUAAAAAUAUAAUGAAUAUGUGUAAAUAGUAAUUUGUGUAAUUGAUACAAUUUUUUUCACUUUCUUUUGAUACAAAAAUGAGAAGUUGUAGAAAUGUAGUCCUUACAUUAAAAACAGUCUUGUACUAGUA